CAAUAACAAAACUCGAGCUCCUAACCUACCGCGGAUUAUUACCAUGUUUAGUGCAGUUCGUUUUCAUAAUUGGCUUAUAUGUCAUCGCUGUAGUGCAUCCUACAAUACUACAUACAAUGUUUCUACACAGAACAGUGUAGCAUGAGAGCCUGAGACUACCAUAACAUGUUCAUCUGAGGAAGAAACAUAUAUUGAGGCGGAGUAGCUGUUCAUUGUGCCCUGUACAGUGAGUUUACAGCCAGUCGCGUAUUGUAUCGCAGCAAUGGCUUUCCAAGGAAUAACAGACAAAGAAUUAAUGGCCAUCGCAAAUGAAAUAGGAUUGGAAAUUGACGAAAUUGGUGUCCAUCUCGGCUUCACUUGGCGCAAGGUCCAGUAUUUCCAGUUACGUAACAUAUUAGGGUUCUACCUUGGAUCAAGCUUCUCUGGUACCAUGGGGAUGCUGCAUUCUUGGAGGAAGAUGAGGAGAGAGCCCGAUAAUGAUCAUCGACAAAUUCUUGCGAACUGUCUUGUGCGUGCUGGUUGGGUUAACCUAUCCGAAAGAGUGCAAAAAGGCGAAUUCAUCCCUGAGGCAGGAAACAUCAAUGACGUGAUACUUCUAGGGUCCAUCACCAUUAACAAGUUGCUCAUCAUCACCGGUGUGUUGAUUGUUCUGCUUGCUAUCGUAUGUUCUGUGUUUUGUACGAAUCUUCUUCUCUUACCAACGGAAAUUAAAGAACUUCGGAAGCAUCUCAUCAAUUACUAUAAUUCACGCUUUUGCGACAUCAAGACUGUUCCCUGGAACGAUUCCAGUAUACUAGAUCUUGAUGAGUUGUUCAUCAAUUUGAAUCUCUUGCAACGUGACGUUGACCAAAAUAGCAAUUUGGUCCGGAAAGACAUUUCAUAUACAAAGCUUUUCCAAAUAAAAAAGAAAGGAAAAGUUUCGAAGAGGAUUCUCCUAAGAGGUGCGGGAGGGACUGGAAAAACAACACUCUCGUGUAAAAUUGCCCAUGAUUGGGGUAGCUGUUUGUGGGGGUUCUCCAUCAGGUGUACCCCUUUACUCAUCGUUCUUCGGUUACGGUUGGUUGACCCUACGAACAGUCUUGGUCAAGAGGUUGUGAACCAAGGUCUGGUUCCGACAGAUCGACAUGGAAGUAUAACGGCUGACUUAAUAAACAGCUAUAUAAGCCAGAAUCCAGAGAGUGCUAUCAUCAUAUUCGAUGGUUACGACGAGUAUGUAUAUGGCAGUUUGAAGGAAGACGGCAAAAAGGGAGUCCUCGAUAUUUUAAGGUAUAAAUCAUUCAGAGAUACAAUGGUGAUGGUCACAUGUAGACCGUGGCGAAUAGCAGAUUUUGAAAAUGUUCCUGAUUACACUCACGUCGAACUGACAGGAUUUACCUCGGAAAAUGUGGUCGCCUAUGUUAAAAAGUUCUUUCUGCACAACAACACGAAAUCGGAUGACCUUCUGAAGUGGCUUUCUGGUGGCAGGUACCCUGACUUAACAGACCGAUUACUGAAGGAUUCGGAAGUCUUGCCGUGUGAUAAUUAUUACUUUGAUUGUAGCAUUGAGGACAUUUCUUUCAUGGCAAGAUACCCUCUGUUUUUGGCCAUGUUUUGUGAGCUCUCAAAGAAUGAAAGUUUCCUGACAGAGACUUACACCGUCCCUGACGUGUUCAAUAAUAUCAUAGAAUACAUGUACGAACAAUACACUAACAAGAUAAAGGAUUCUGAAAGGGGAGACCUCGUUGAUUUCGACAAUUUAAAGGUGUUUCUUGGAAAGCCAGCAUAUGAUAGUUUUUGGGGACACCCCGGUCCGAUUCAGAAUGAAAAAACUGUGUUCACUGCAGAGGAGUUCAAAAAUGAUACUGUCUUUAGAUUAGGUAGUGAAAUCGGAUUCCUGACCAAUAUUCCAGAAAAUGACUAUUACCGGGGCAGGAUGCCUCGACGAAAAGUCUACACAACGGUAUUCUUCCACAAGUUCGUCCAAGAAUAUUUUGCGUCUUGCUAUUUUAAUCAUCUACAUGACAAUUUCCCUUCUAGAGCUAAGAGAAUACAACAUAUCUUUGCCAAGGAUAAUACCUUCAUCUUCUUUUGUGCCUCAUCGGCAAAGGUAACAACUGAAGAGAUGAAGCAGUACAUAGAGAGCGAUUCACAUCUUUUCGUCAAAGAAUAUAUCCAUACUGCAGGCUCGAAGAUUCCAGCUAGUUUUCAGGGUUUAGUUGGCAGUAUGAGCGAAGGUAGUAAGAUAGAAAAUUCCUAUACCAAUGUACAGGGUCAAAAUUUAGUGCCUUUAGUCGGCCGUAUGGAGGGUAAUAGUAAGUUGAUAAAUUCUUUUAAUUUUGGGAAUGGAAAUUACAAAGAGAAUAAGGUGGAGAUGACAAAAAGGAAGAGGAAAUGGGCAACACACAGGAAGCAUAAAACGGACGAAAAUAAGAGGACGAAGAAGAAAACACAAAUCUGACGAAAAUCUGUAAUAGGCACAUGUUACAAGUGAUUUUUUUUUCAAACAAGUGCACACCAAGUUACCAAUAAUGCAUAUAGCAUUUCCAUUUAUUUGAAAGCAAGAUAAAAGAGCAUUGUACAUUAAAUGCUUUGCCCACGGGCUAGGUGUCGCGGCCGGGGAUCGAACCCCGAACUUUCUAUGUAUAGCCAGGCGCCCUAGACCACUCGGCCACGGCAUCCCCUGUGAUACUAUGAAGAAUCGAUCAAGAAUCAAUCCUGAACAAUGAGACAGACGAUCACAUCCAUGAUCAUACACAAUCCAUUGACGUAUUCAAACCAAGCAGACUUGACACGCUCCCUACUACACUGCAUCUCUUCAAGAAGACACUGCUAAACCUUCCUCUGAUGGUUCUCUGCUGAUGAGUAUAUCAUGUUCUUCCUAGACAUUCCAGGAAAUUCCACAGACCUAAGAAAGGAAACACUUAAGUAAACUUAACAUAGGAUGGUGGAUUUUACACUAAACCAUACUUACUAUGCUUGUUUUAGAAAAUCGUAAAUGAUUGAGAGUAUAAUUCUAGUAAUGAUGACUUAUGAAAAUGGUCGGGUUCUCAUUCCAAAUUAAUCAACUUGUGAAUUGUUAUAAUUAUAUCCUGUUCACAGCUGAGAUAUGGUUAUUCCAUUUAAGGAAAAAGAUCCCCAAAACCUUACUAUUGACAGACCCCUUACUAUGUUAACCGCUUUUUCAAAGUUCUUUCAGAAAGUGACUUUGUCAGAACGUUGAAACUUCUCACCAAGAGAAAUGCACCUUCUCACUUUCAAUUAUGGUUAUGCUUUCGAGAAAAACAACAGCAUAUUAUAAUAACCUAUGCCAUGCUAGGUUUUAAUGA